ACCUGGCGCGGCAGAAAAGGGAGGAACAAGCGACACUCCAAAAGCACAGCAAAGCGUUAAGGUAUGCUCACGGAACUUGACCACUCAACAACUCAACAACUCGACAACUCGAUGAUUUUGACGAAGCUGGCGACAUUUGCAAGACAAUACACAACACCAUCACGGGCCUGCCCCGCCAACAUCCCUGCGCUGAUCUGCACUCAAUUCGCACGCACUGCACGCAUCGCUUGAAUUCCAUGGGCACACGACUGCGCGCCGCAUCAUUCCGGCCCAUCCCCUGAUCCCCUGAACUCGCCUCGCGCGUGACUGUCCUAGUGCUUUCAAGUACGUCGUUGCGAGGCUGCCGUGAGAACCACUGCCGAGCACAUCCAAGGAACCAUGUCCGCCCACGACGAGACGGCUGCGCGGGAUCCGCAGGAGGCGGGCGAGGAACAGAAGACAAUGGAGGCUCAUGCGCCAAGCGAGACACAAGAGACGCAUGAUACGGAGCAGAGACCAGCGUCUAACAAUGGCUCCGAGAAGGACACGGAAACGUUCGAGGACGCCCUCGAGACCGGAUCUGUACGCUCGUUGACCAAACGCCAACGGCCCAUCAACCGCCUCUCGGACGGGGAACACACCAACUCCGACUACAAUGACGAAGCCUCGCGGCCCGCUGCCGUAGCAAACGGUCACCAAGACCUACCCGAACAGGCUGCAACUACCGGUGCGAAGCCGCCGCGGCCCUUGUCCCAAGUGUCUUCCGGCUCUCUCGACAAUGUGAACCUUGAUGACGACGCGGCGACAGCAUCAGCUCCCGCCCAUCAAG